AGAUAAGUCUGCUGGGGAAGGGAGAGCUAGUUAAUGAGUAAUACCAGGAAGUAACAAAGGUUUGAAAAAAACAGCACAGCUUCUGCCUUCAGAAAGGGUCAACAAUUUAGUUCUCCAUCCCAAAUACUUGCCCCUUUCCAACGAGGACAUCAUGACAAGCAAGAGCAGGAAGGAUCCACAACCCCCCGCCUCCAGAUGUCCGGAUAACAGCGCAUUCAGACAACAGAAACUGUCAGCCUGGCAGCCCAAACUCACACCUGCGUCUGUCCUCUCUGGCUUCAUUCUCAUUGGCGUAUUCUGCCUCACCAUGGGAGUCUGCCUCAUCCUGUCUGCAAAGAGCGUCAAAGAAGUGCAGAUUAAUUAUUCAGACAAAUGCCUGAAUUGUUCAAAACUGCGUGAAAAUCCUUCUAAUUGGAAUACUGAAUGCCUCUGCUCUGCUGACUUCAAGUUAGAGGAAAAAAUACAGGGUGAUGUUUUUAUGUACUACGGCCUGCAAAACUUUUAUCAGAACCACCGUCGGUACGUCAUGUCCAGGAGCAACGCGCAAUUGCUGGGUCGAAAUACAGAUAUUCGUAACAGCAAAUGUGCACCUUUCUCAACCUAUCGCAACGGAACUCCCAUGGCUCCAUGCGGUGCUAUCGCCAACAGCAUGUUCAAUGAUACAAUUUCUCUUUUUUACUAUACUAAUUUAUCCACUGCUAUCCAAGUCCCACUACUAAAGACUGGAAAUAGUUGGUGGACAGAUAAAUAUGUGAAGUUUCGCAAUCCAACAUCACACAACCUCACUUCUGCAUUUGCAGGGACAGCAAGGCCUCCCUAUUGGCAGAAACCAGCCUAUUUAUUGGAUGAGGAGAAUGAAAGGAAUAAUGGUUACAUCAAUGAUGACUUUAUCGUAUGGAUGCGGGUGUCAGCUUUCCACACUUUCAGAAACCUCCACCGUCGCCUCAGCCGCACCAAGCAGUUUGUUGAUGGUCUCCCAGCAGGGAAUUACACCUUUCGCAUUUUCUACAAUUUCCCGGUUUCUAGGUUCAAAGGGAAGAAAUACUUGAUUCUCUCGACUGUGGUGUGGUGUGGGGGAAGCAGCCUCUUCCUGGGAAUUGCCUAUACAGUUUCUGGUGCAGUGGUAAUGCUGGCAGGUUUUAUCAUAACUGCCAUUCACUUGAAGCUCAAAAAAAGGAAAACUUACUUUCAGAGAUAACUAGACAAUAUGACUCUUUGGACCAAGAUAAAGGCAGUCCUCUGAAAAGAGGACAGAGAAGCAUGGACCUUUCACACAUUCCUCCUCCCUGUAGAAUCACUGCAAACACAGAAGAGGUGGUGAACACAGAGGUGUCCCGAGCGUUGUGAUGUUCUUCUGUAACACAAAAUAACCACAAGUUCAUCAGGUUAUUCCAGAUGAAUGACCCCACAUGUCAGUCGUCUACUAAGAACCAAUCUUUAGGAUCUGAGAGGCGUUUGUGCUGUUUGGACCACUGUACUUAUUUGGAAUCCUGAACUCCAGUGCCUUUAUAGAGAAGUGAGACUGGACGGGGCCUCAAGAGAUCAUCUGAGUGAUUACCGAGUGCAAAUGCUGGGCCAAAACUCAGGUCUUCAGAUUUUGCUGAAUCCGUAAUCAGG